CUUUGCUGCGCUGGAUCCAUGAACCAUGUCUCACAGUAAGAUUUCAGUUGUUGUUCUGGGACGUGACGACUCUUUGAAAAAAGCCCUCGUAACCAUCAUCCUAGGAAAAGAUUUAUCUCAACUAUCCCAAAGAAAUUUUUUGAAAAAUACUAAGAUAUAUGAAAAUGAUAAAUAUGUGGUCACAUGUACACCAGGCAUGGACACAUCAUGUGAGGACAUAAGAGAGCUAUUUGCUAUUAAUCAACACCCUCACAUGUCUUUGAUGGUGGUAGAGGAUGGGUUUUCAACAGAGGAGGUAUGGCAACAGAUAGAAAUGCUGCACCGUAUAACUGGAAGACCCACAGAGGAGUUCAGAGUGCUGCUGCCCCUCAAAAAUAAACACCCAGAUAAGUAUCCAUUCAAAUGCUGCACACUGGGGGAGGUUUUCAACAAACUGAGUAAACUGACAGAAGGAAGACACCUGAUGCCAACUGACAAGAGGCAUGCUGACCAUCUUGAUUCAGAUAUGUCUGAGUCACACGUGUCCACACCACACACCCUGAUGGAAAUGACGGGAAACCACUCUGGCGCCAAAGUGAACUUUGUUCUGCUGGGAAUGGCUGGUACCGGAAAGAGUGCAAGUGGGAACACAAUCCUGGGAAAGAAACCGUUCACAUCAAGAACCAGUUCAAAUCAAGUCACCACAAAGUGCCAAGAGGCAGAAACUAGGAUAGGUGGUAGACAUGUUCGUGUCAUUGAUACUCCAGACAUCUUUGAUGAUGACAUUGAAUCAUCAGUUAAGAGCAAACAUGUGAGAGAGUGCAAAGAGCUCUGUAAGGAGGAGCCUUGUGUUUACUUACUUGUGAUGCAUGUCAGCAGAUUUACAGAUGGUGAGAGAGACAUACUGAAAAAGUUAGAAAAAGCUUUUGGCAACAAAGUUCAAGAACAAACAGUCAUCCUGUUUACUCGUGGAGAAGAUCUGAAGCGUGCAAAAAUGACCUUUGAGGAAUUUUUGGAAAGCUGCCAGCCUGAUCUCAAGAAAAUAGUUGAGAAGUGUGGCAGAAGGUGUGUUCUUUUUGAGAACAGUGACUCACGUUCACCUCAAGUGGAAGAGCUGAUGAAGACAGUGAGCAGGAUGUUCAAAGAGUUCAAAGAAACAUCAGAUCACACCAAUAAAGGGUGGUUAUGGAAUCCCUUUGCUAAAAAGUGACAUUGUGAAAUGAUUCAGUACCCCCUGAACCGGUUGAUUAUAGAGUUGUGAAGCAUUUAAUCAGGAAUUGAUGUCAUUU